AUGAUCGCAGACACAACUUCUUCUUCCUCUUCUUCUUCAAUUACUUCAAAAAACCACCCCAGAUCAAACGAUGAUCUAUCAAAAGCCAUAGCCGAACAUAAUUCAGCCGAAGCCCAUCUGGCUCAGGUUGAAAACCGACUCAAAAAUUGGUCUAUUCCAAAGGUAGAUCCAAGCCAAGUAUACAAGAUUAAUACCUUCAAUUUCUCUCAGCAAGAUGUUAUCGUCAUCACUGAAGAGAAUGUUGCAAUGAAAGAUGAAUUCACUACAAUCAACCUUCUACCUGAAGAAACCCUCUUCAAAGUGAAGAACAAGUUCAAAUACCUCCACAUCGGAUAUGUUCAAGUAGCCUUGAAGCCUCUCUUUAAAGAAGGACUAGACGUACCUAUCUACCUUGCUCUAAGAGAUAAAAGGCAUCUCAGGUUCACUCCCUCGCUCCUAGGGAUUGUUCAAUCAAACUUGGAACAAAGACCAGUUUAUUUCAACUGCAAACUUGGUCUCACAGUCUCUCUACAAGACAGAAGCAUCAUGGACACCCUAAGCCUUGAUGUUCAUUCGCAAGAACUUGAGCUGAAAGACGGAUCACUUCCUUUCGCAGUAUCAUACCGCAUCUACUUUAAACCGAUGCAUACGAAUCUUUCUCCCAAAUGA